UGAAAACAAAACGAAAGUAUUAAAUUUACAAAGAAAGAAGAAAACUGCAAGGUUAAAUGUGAAUUUGGGCUGGAUAACUACAAAUAUGUAAAAAAGUUCCAACUGAAUUAACGAAAUAAUGAACUAAAGGACUCCUUAAAAGUGAAAUAUGUGCCUUAAGUAUUACACGCAACGCACGUUAAAAAAUAGAAUAAAUCCAAGAAAUUGAGAACCUUAAUUAUUUAGUCUGGUUUAUUUAAUCAAAACCUUUCGUAUAGUAAUUAUUUUAUAACGAUUCGUAUGAAAAACACGUGCGUUGAAGAAGAGGAUAGUGUGUAAUCCUGGGCAGAAACGGGAGACGGGGACAUCUACACGCAGCUAACAGAUGAUCCCCACAUGUCAAUUGUUGCAGCCGAAAAUGCAGGGCUUGGCCCAUGUGAUUUACCAGAUUCGUGGGCACCAAACACAAUUAAUAGCAUCAACAAUAUUACUAGUAUCGUUGCAAAUAGUAGAGACAUCUCAUCGUUAUCAGCAGUCACAAAAAAUUCAUCAAACACGGCUGUCCCUCUUAAUAUUGACAACAAUAUUAGCUCGAAUAUUGUGUUCUUCAAGAACCAAAGUAGUCCAACUACAACUGCCAUUCAACCGACCACUUCUUUCGGCUUUUCACCAACAUCAACGGCAAGAGCAACAACAUCAACCACUUCCAGUCUUAUAUACAAGGUGCCUCUCUCAUCGCCAGCCGCCGCUACAGCCGCUGUUACUGUUUCACCAGCCAGCAUUGGUAGUGUAGUAACGUCUUUAGGUGUGGGUCUGGUACCCUCAAUACCGACGUGUGCGUCCCUUACUGGAACGAGUGCCGGUGGAACUGGAGCUGUUGCUGGUGUACUGUUAUCAAGCCCAAUAUCAGCUGGUGACAGUAGCAAUAGUAUUAGUAUUUCGGGUCAAAAAACAAUUACAAAUUAUCAAGUAAACAACGUCAAUAAUAACGCAAAUAACACCGGCAAUACCAGCGUUAGAAGUCUAACACUUCCAUUGCAGCAACAACAACUACAAUUGCUACAACAAAACGGCUUAUUGCUACAUAACAAACAGAACAACCAAAACAACAAUAACAGCUCUUUAGUGAAUAAUAACCACCAUAAAAAUAGCAACAACUUUAAUUUAAUACUGCGACAGAAGGCUGCAGCAACUGUAAGUUUAGCCGCCGCACUGCAAAAUUCAAUCACCAUGAAUGCGGUGGCUUCGCCAAUCUCAAACAACCCAGCGACGCCGACUCGAAAAAUUAGAAGAAAAACUGAUCCGAAAGCCAAUUUGCCGCAAUCACAGAUUAAUAAAUGUAAUAACGAGAAAAGGCGUCGCGAAUUGGAAAACAAUUAUAUCGAGCAAUUGUCCGAGUUUUUACAACUCAACAAACGCGGUGAUACAGCCUCAACGAAACCAGACAAGGCAGCAAUAUUGAACCAAGUAGUGAAAACGUAUCGUGAGUUUUGUGACAAGGGCCAAAGCCGUGAUAUUUCUUCCUCAACGUCGACUACCGCUUCUUCAGCUCUCAAUUCGACGACACCUAAUAACAACAAUAGCAGCUCAACUUGUAAAAGCAACGAUAAUCGAAAUAAUACAGCAUCUACACGUUGUUUACGAUGUGCAACUGACAAUUGCUCUAUCCAUCCAGUACAACAAGGUGACGUUUCAUCGACCGAACCCCCAUUGCCGGAGCCAUCACUGCUUAACGGUCAGGUUCCCGAAAUAUCUGCCUAUUUUGAGGCGUUGGAACAUUACCUCUCUUCAGUCGAUUGGGUGCUUUUACAAGUCACUGCAGACGGGAUAAUCGAGUCGUGUACGCAGAAUAUUCGAGAACUAAUCGGCUAUGACAAACAGGAACUGUUUCGUAAACCACUAUAUCAGUACCUACACUCCGGCGAUCAUGCGAAAUUAGAUCCAAUUAUAAAUAAUAUGCCGUAUGGGGUUAGCGGAAAUGCAACUGGUGACAUUGGUUGUGGUAGCGGUAGCCAAAGUGGCUGGAAUGAUUUGGAAGAUGCGAAUAGUGGUACAAAUUCGCAACAUUCAACAGCUUCGUUAGGUCCAGGGAGUGCUAAAACUAAAAGAAAUAUAGCAGCUAAAGUCCGAAUGCUAGUCAAAGAUUUGCGUUCGGCUACUCAAACAUCUAUGACGCACCAAAACGAUGCUUUGGAUCAGAAAACUGUCGGACAACACAUAAACCCCGAAAAAUAUGAGGAAGUUAUGCUGCUAGCAACACCGAUGAAAGACGAUGGUGAUACAACGUCCUCCAUAUUGUGUUUGAUUACCCGUCCCGAAGAUGAACCGGCCAUACAGCAGAUACAACCGCAGGCCAUAGAGCAUUUAACCUUUAAACUCGACGUACACGGCAAGAUACUCAAUUUGGAUGUAACUGCACUUCGUGAACCCUAUCGUCAACAUUUGAGUAGUUGGUUGGGACGCCUUUUGCAAGAUCUUUGUCAUCCGCAGGACUUAAAUGCUCUGAAAUCUCACUUACGCGAGGUUCAAGAGUCAGCUGCUUCAGUCCAUUUGAUGAACUCUCCAUCAUCACACUCACCUGGUGGAACGCCUGCAACACUCAUUCAUCCUCCCAUUGCGAAUGUGAUGUCACGUCCAUUUAGAUUGCGUCUCGGCGCACCCGAUAUUUAUGUUCAUGUUAAGGCGAAUUCACGACUUUUUUUAAAUCAGUCGCAAACUGAGGGCGAUUAUAUUAUGUCUCUGCAAACAUUACUUAACACGGAUAACGAUAUAGGUGGAGGAGGUAUAAGUGGAUUGAACAUCGGAGGUAUCGGGAACAGUAGUAUGAUGCCAUCUAGCAGUUUGUCAACAAUGUCGCCUAGUCCAUCGUUAGUUUCGCCCCUUUCUCUGCCCUUGGACUCACUUGUUAAUAACAAUUCGUCAUGCUCCUCUUCGUCGGCCUCAGCUUUAGCAAGUGUAAGUAGCGGUGUACAUAUGUUAGGAGGACUAGUUGGAGGUGGUGGUAUGCCACCACUCACCACGCAAACUACUAAUGUGGGUGGACCACUGAUGACUUCAGCUGUUAUCAAUGGUACAGGGAGUGGUACACAACGUAACAAUCCUACUGUGGCAACAUCGGCUUCGACUUCGAAUAAUUCCAAUCUGGUCAAUUCGUUUACCGCAUCGCCUGCUGGACCCGAAGCAACGAUUUUCUAUAGCUCCGACCCCUUUGAUUUUGACUUGGCACAUUCCAGUUUUGAAAUGGACGCCACUGGUUGGACGGAUUCGCGUCCAAACUCCCGCGCUUCUGUUACUACCCCAGUAAGCACUCCGCGUCCACCGUCAGCGGGACAUGGUUUCAGUCCGGCAGUAUGUGCUUCACCAUCGACACCAUAUCAACUGUCGUCACACUCAGCUGCGAGCUUGCCUUCUCCUCAGUCAAAUACAAGUCAGCCGUCAUCUGCUGGUCCCGGGGUUAGUGGAGGCCCGUUUGGUUUUGGUUUUCCGGCGUUCGAAACAAGUGAUAAAAAUAUUGAUAAAGACCACAUGAACGCUAGCAUAAACAGCAGUAGCAACAUAAGUGGCAAUAAUUCUGGACCUCAAGGUGGUUCCAGUGGUGCGUUGAGCGGCCCUGCAAAUUUACCAAAUGGUGGUCCGCCAUUACUUACCACUGUUGCUAACAUGACCCAACUAUCUGCACAGACGAAUCCACCCCAACCGGAAUCAGAGCGUUUACGGCAUUUAUUGACAAAUAAAUCGCAUUCAAUGACCUCAGGAAUGAAUCCGACCGAUGGUGAUAAAGAUCAUCUUAGCCUGCGCCAUAAGUUUUACAAUCAGAGUCUACUCAAUUCCGAUGAAGAUAAGGAUGGUGGAGGUGCCGGCGGUAGCAACAGGGGUUCGUCCGGAAUGUUCAAAAUGGGCGCUACUGGUAUAUCGAAUGCGCGCCUAUUUGGUGGUGGUGCAUUACCAAAAUCUUCGAACUCCAGCAAUCCCAUGUUACUGUCGCUGCUUAACGAAAAAUCGGAGGAUGAUGAUGGAAAAGGACCUUCGCUUGGUCGACAAAGUGAAUUGAUGCGCCAGCUACAAAAAGACGAUGGGCACUAUAGUCAUUCACACGGUCAUAGCCACGGGCAACAUCACUCCAAGGACAUGUCGCAAGAGGAUUUACUAAAAAGUUUAAAGUACCAGGGUGAUCCUACAACUCGCAAGCGUUCGCUCAAUGAACCGGAUGAUGGCAUAUUAGCAAAACGUGAAAGUGACCGCCCAUCCAAGUUACGUGAGAGCAAUAAAAUGCUUGCCUCGCUGUUAGAAAAUCCGCCAAAGAAUCCUAUAGUCACUGUACCACCUCAAGUCAAAGCUAUACCUGACAUUACACCUUCAGCAAGCCGCGUCAACUCGACACUCGGUGUUAUGAGUGUUUCAGCGCCGAAUAGUCUAGGUGGCAUGCCUCCAAAAAGCGGCACAAUGACGACGACCUCAUCAAUUAGUGCAGGAGGCAGUUCUGUCGGAGCCGUUGGACGGAGCAAUAGUAUGCGCAAACAAUUUUCCGAUGCCUACCUCACGCUGCAACAGCAGCAACAUCAGCAACAACUCCACCUACAACAACAGCAACAACAACAACAAUGUUUAGGUAACAUUCAACGUUCUUCACAUCAGCAACCAACACAACUAUCUCAACCGCAAAUAAAUUUUUCUUCAUCGGACGCCUUCGGAACAUCUUCACAUAACACCACAGCUACCUCAGGGACAGCCAACGUCACAGCGUCAAUAGUGACAUCACAAGCAAGCUCCCAAUUAGCCGCCCCUAGCGGCGCUGAUGGCGAUUCAGAAUUAUCUAAGAUUUUGGAUAGCGUUAUGGAUUACGUUUCAGACGAUGGGCCAUUUGUAUCAGCACCUACUCCCACUGCCUUGGCUGGAUUAACGCAGCAAGAGAUUAAUGAACGCAUGGCUAUCAACGCUAUUCAAAAUUCAUUGAUGGUCGAGACAUCUCAACUGCAACAGCAGCAACAUCAUCAACAACAGCCGCAACCGCCAGCCUAUCCUGGCAACGUAAUGGGGAGUGGCAGUGGAGGGAGUUUAACUCAGCAACAACAACAGCUACAGCUCCAGCAUCAUCUGCAGAUGUUGCAAAGGCAGCAGGCUGCAAUUGGAGGCAAUCAACAGUCAACUCAGGUACAACAAAUGUUGGAGGUAUUACGUGUCAACGCCAAUCAAAGUUUCCAACGACCGCCACCUAUGUAUUCGGCGUCACGUAACAGGGGCCCAAUGAAUACUGUUACGACACCUGGAGGCUCUGUUUUGCCAGCGCAUCAGCAGUAUCGAAUUCGUCAACAGCAGCAACAGCAACAACAACAGAAAGAGCGUCUUCUUCAGCAACAACAAAAGCAACAGCUUUUGGUUCCUGAGAGUGCAACAGCGCGCACAGAUCAGUUAUGUCUAAAUCCGAACAUCAACAACAUUGGUUCGCUGUUGAAUAACACAGUAGCGCCAAAUGUCGCCUUAUCUCGUACCAACUUGCCGCCCGAUUCGCAACUGAGUCCGAAUUUUUCACAGAGUUUACUACAACAACAACAGUUAAGUCCAGGGCAACGUAAUGCACCAUUUAGUCCACAAACGAAUGCAGGUUAUGCACCGCAAUAUUCACAAAGCGGACAACGUCUAUCGCCCCAUCAUCAACAGCAUAUUUCACAGCAGCAACAACAAGUGAAUGCUCAGCAACAACAACAGAUGGCGUUUCAGGCUGCCCAAGCAGCAAACGCUAAUGUUACUCCGCAGCUAUCACCACGCCAACCGCCUUUUGGUGGAGGAGCAGGUGGUAUACAAUCACCUACAGGCAUGCCGUCAUCACAACAAUGGAAUGCUAGUGGUAAUGUUAGUACGCCAAGUGUACAACUAAGUGGAAAUGUGACAACUCAACGCGGUCAUUCAUUACAACAACAUAAUCCUAUGUUAAGCGCGCAGUUACAACAGGGUGUUAGUCCUUAUACAACACGUCCGUAUCAAAAUCAGCGGCGAAGUCUCAACUCUCCAAACGGAGGGGGUGUAUCUGGCAAUGCAGUUACUAGUAAUAUUGGAACUAAUGUCGGUCUGCAGCGGCAAAAUUCUUUUCAAGGUGGCGAAUCUGGUGGUUUUAGUGGUGGUACCUCAAAUUCUCCAUCUCCACAGUCACCAUAUGGUGGACCCAGCUCAAACGUAUUCCAGCAACAACAAAUGCAACGAAUGCAACGCCAGGGUAGCGUUCCGCAAACUACCCAACAUUUACCUGGCUCUCCACGCCCUUUCAUUGCGAAUGUAAAUCACGAAAAUAUUGUAGGUACAAGCGGCAAUGGCGCCGCCACAAGCCUCGGCGUAAAUGGCGGUGUCAGCGUCGGCGGGAGUGUCGGUAUUGUUGGCUUUGGUGGCAUGAUGUACAAUAAUAUGCAGCAUGCUGCUCAUGCGACCCCACAACAAACACAAAACGAAUUUUAUGGUCGCGCUCAGGCCGCAGGUAAUGCAGCAAACUCUUCUGAUUUCGUAAAACAGGAAUUGCGGGCUGUAGUAAGCGGACGUGCUCAACAACAGGCUGCUGCCGCUGGAGGAGCUGGUGCUUCUUCUGGUGGAAACGGAGUGCCAGGUGGCGGCGGAGGAAAUGGCGGUCCUGGCGGUCUGCGAAUAACUUCCACCCCGCAAAGUCCCUUGAGCAGUGCUCAACAGGGACCAAUGAGUGGUGGUAAUUCUGGAGGUUUAAAUAGUACAAAUUCGCUUAGCAUGCAACAACAUCAAUCUGGGUCAAUAGGAACUGGUGUUAGCCAAAAUGCACUACUUAAUACACCAGAUCCUUCCAUGAACUUUAGCUUCGAUGCACAAGAUUUCUUUGGCAACAAUGCUACAAGGUGACCAUAAAAAGUCUGGAAUUCAAUAUACACUACUAACGGCCGUCGACAACUCAACAAUAAAAAGAACUGCAUAUUGACAUGAACGAAAAAAUAUAUGAAGUAAUAUAUUUAAUAAUAUGUAUAUAGCAACCAUGAAAUUUUAAUUAUUUUCUUGUGUUAACAAACAUUUUUUUUUUCAAUUAUAAACAUUGGAAGCAAAAAGAGAAACAUGUACCUAGGUGCAAUAGAAUCUUAGCAUUUAUUUACAUAAUACUGUUACAAAUAUAUCAAAAUAGCUAAAAAAAUGAAGAUGUGUUAAAUAUAUGUAUGUGCAUAAAAUUACGUAAAUAUAAAAUAGAAUUUUGCAUGAAUAUAGGAACUUGAAUACUUCGUUUCAUGAAAAAUACCAAUACAAAACCUUAUUAAGACCUCGAGACCAAUAAAAAACUUGUUAAGAACCACAAAUAUGCAUAAUCUAAUUCCAA